CCAUGAGCAGGCACAUGUGGUUCCCUUUGCAGUACAUCUCCAAGCCCUUCUGGAGAGCGGAGAAUCACAACACGACCAACUUCUCUUCACCGUAUGGCUUCCCUAACCAAUCCUUCUUCCACAGCGAUUUGGACCUGGAGGACCUGGGGGACUUUGACAGUGGGACCAAGUAUGAGGGCGAGUCCCAGAGCCGGAUGGUGAAGGCGCUGCUUAUAGUAGCCUACUCUGUGAUCAUCUGCAUCUCGCUCUUCGGCAACAUCCUGGUGUGCCACGUGGUGAUCAAGAACAAAAGGAUGCACUCCGCCACCAGCCUCUUCAUCGUCAACCUGGCCAUUGCCGAUGUGAUGAUCACCAUUUUGAACACCCCCUUCACACUGGUGCGGUUUGUAAGCAGUACCUGGGUUUUUGGAAAGCUGAUGUGUCACAUAAGCCGGUUUGUUCAAUACUGCUCCGUUCAUGUGUCUGUGCUGACCCUUGCUGCCAUCGCUCUGGAUCGGCAUCAGGUUAUCAUGCACCCUCUCAAGCCACGCAUGUCCAUGGUGAAAGGAGGGAUUUGCAUCAUUAUCAUCUGGGUUAUGGCCAGCUGCUUCUCACUGCCUCAUGCCAUUUAUCAGACUUUGACAAGAUUUUAUAUCGGGAACAGAACAAUACGAAUGGUCUGCCUCCCCAGCUUCCCUCCUCCUGCUGAUCUUUUCUGGAAGUAUUUGGACUUGACUACUUUUGUUCUCUUGUAUGUCUUGCCCUUGCUUGUGAUCUCCAUCACAUAUACCAUGGUGGCCAAGAAGCUCUGGCUGAGAAAUGCCAUCGGGGACCUCACCAUGGAGCAAUACUAUGCCCAUCAACGGAAAAAGAAGAUGACGCUGAAGAUGCUGAUGGUGGUGGUGAUUGUGUUUGCAGUAUGCUGGUUCCCCCUGAACUGCUACGUGGUGUUGAUCUCCUGUAGGGCCAUCCACAGUAGCAAUGCUCUGUACUUUGCUUUUCACUGGUUUGCUAUGAGCAGCACUUGCUACAACCCCUUCAUUUACUGUUGGCUGAAUGAGAGCUUCAGAUCUGAGUUGAAGUCCUUGCUGUGUGUGUACCGGCGAAGGAGCGCAGCACAGAGUCAUGCUCUGCAGUCCAUCUCCCCGCCUUUCAGGCAUGCCUGGGUUGAGAACUGCCAUUAUAAAAGAGGCAGUGCCUGCCAGAAGGCAAAGGCAUCCUCCCAGAGGAACUCCGCAAAGACAGACAUAUCCAGUGUUCAGCCAAUUGUGGCAGAAAGCUAAAUGUUUAAUUUGAUGGCCAGGCAGCAU